GAGCGUGCACCCCAAGAUGACAGGAACCCAACAGGGCGCGUCCCCGCCACCACCACGGACACCCCCCCUUCCUCCGGGACAAGGAGGCAACAGCAGCCGCAGGGGGGAGCGCGGCGGACCGCACGCUCGGCUCGGCGGCGACCGGCGGCGCUCCGUGGUUAAGGGGGUGGUCGGAUAUCCGUCGGGAUUGAUGGCGGGCGGCGGGAGGUUCCCUGAAGGGGCAGUCACACCCCCCGAGCGCCCCAGCUUGAGGGGGUCAGAGUUGUGUUGAGGCCGGAGUGUAGCAAAAGGUGUGUUCGGAGCAAAGGGCCACGAUGUCACCACUCUUUCCUGAGUUCCGUCUGCUGCUAGCGAAAACAAAAAUCAACCAAAGGGUGAUGAAGGCUGGAAUCAGCUUCCAGCUGCGUGCAGAGCUGAUCUCUGGUGAAACAGCAGCUCAAACAGGGAGAGAAUGAGAGAACCAAGCGGUGGCUCAGGAAGCAGCCACCUAAAGGGUGACCACACCUAUAAGGGCAACACCU